UGAGUUAUUUACGUGACAAGAGACCAAAUCAGGGCUUCAGUUUAGUCACAGAAACCCAGAUCCCUCCGUUUGGCCCCUUUCCUGACUCUCAUAUUAAUUGACUCAUUUUGAGAACUUUGGUCUUGGUUUAAGUAUCAAAUUGCUGUUUAAAGUCACUGUGGAGGGAAGUGUGAUUUAUUUUUCAUUAUACAAGAUAAGCAGAAUAAAAGCUGAUUAUGUAAACACUCGUUAAUCCCAGAAAAGCAAUCGUGGACAUUUGCCAAUCCUGCCGCCGGUAAAUGAAGCAGCCAGCAUGUUGCAUGUGAGCAGGGUGAGUCUGCACCUCCACAGUUCCUGUCUGAAACUCGCUGGCAGAGUUUCUGCUAAACGGAGCCACACACAUUUACCUGCAUGUGAAACCACCAGCCCUAUAUUCAAGUUUUUAUGAACAUUAGUGGGAAGGCAUGUGAAAGUUAAACCCUGGUUUUAAUGCAGAAAGCAAACAUGAUCUUUGUCUUAUAACUCCUCCAAAACAAAAUCCACUGACCCAAUAACCCAAAUACCUUGAGCCAUCUCAUUAGUUUCCAAACACCAAUUAAUCAGUUGAACGUCAAGACAAUUUGUGGUUUUAUGUUCUAAUCAGUUGCCAGGCAACCAGCCGUUUCACGUUAAACUGAUGAAAACCUGUUGAAUCCUCGUUUCACUGGAACUGUGGUUGAACCAGAUAUUUCAUCUUUAAUGUGUCGGUGAAGUAGUUUAAAUGUUGUGGUUGGGUUUCACUCACACAGAGCAGAAACGUGUUUGUUGUCUGUUUCGACACGGAGCAAAUAAACACCUGAAGCAGAGGAGAACACAAUGUUCUUCAUCCUUAUGGGCCACUGCUCCCAAAGUUUGGCUGAGCUCAUGAAAAGCUUCCAGUGUUUGUUUUCUUUUAUUGGUGAAUGCGACUUGCAGCUGAUCGAUUUCUCUCAAAGUUUGAAUAUUAUGGAGAAUUUUAAUACAGAGGUGUUUGUGUAUGUUCUGUGGUCUGCCUCAGAAUCUGAGGUUAUUUUAUUACUGGAUCAGUGCACAGUGGCAUGGAGACGGUCUUCUGCAUUGUUGGAUCGGACGGGUCUGCUUGGAAAAAAAGAGUCUGGAUUUAUAAAUUGGUUAUAUCAAAUUUUUGAUUAAAUUUUUUGAAAAUCUGUAUUUGUUUUUUCAGUCUAGAGUGAUGUCAUCACGCUCCCGGCCGCCAUCUGGCUUGACGAGCUGCUUUACUGCUUCUAUUUAUUUGGAGUUUGGAGUCGGGUAAACUCUACGAUGAAAUGCAAGAGUUUACAUUUUAAAAAGUGAAUAUAAAGUUGUAACGUUACAAAAAUAACGUCCAUGUUACCAGAAUAAAGCUGUAGAUUUUGGAGAAUGAAGUAGUAAAUUGAUGAGAACUAGAACAAAAAAACAAUAAUUAUUCAAUUUCUACUGGUAAAAUUACAUCUUUAUCCUGCAAAUAUUCUGACUUUAUUCUGGAGUCAUAAUUAAAUAAAAAGUCUAAGAUUAAAGCCGCUUUUUGACAAUAUUGCCUGUCAUUUGUAAACUCUUUGGAAAGAAGUUUUUUAGAAAAUAAAUUAUAAUCAGAAAUAGAAUGACAUGAAAAUAAUACAGUGAAUCAACACAGGAAGGUGAUUUAACAUCCCCAAUCAUUACUCAUGGUGGAAACUUCACAACAGACCUCAAGUAACGUUGGCUCAGUUCAUUUCCAAAUAAAAUUAAACCUCCAUAUUCAAAAAUAAGACUGGACCACUGAGAACAAACCCAGUUUGAGCUGUGAGGUUAUUAUUGUUAAUAUUAUUAUUACUAUACCUCUUCUUGUCUUUGCACACAUUUUCCUUCCACUCAACUUUCCAAUAUUCUGCCUGUGGGCCACCAUCAUCAUUAGCAAUAAGCUUACCCAUACUUUUUUAUAUUAUUGGUCUUAUACACUGAAUUUUGGAUUUUCAUUAGCUAUAAGCGAUUAUUAUCAAAAAGACCAGAUAUAAACACAUAGCUUACUCUGUGUGAGAUUCUAAAUAAAUUACAAAAAUAAACUAUAUUUCAAUGUCUUCAGAUGUAGAUUUAAACUAGUUUGGCUGUCAGAGGAGAAAACAAUGGCAAUCAAAAGAUCAGAAGGAAAUGCUUUCGUUUCUCGCAGAGUUUUUUAGAAGCCUCAUCUUUGACCUGUGUCCUACUUUACCGAAAUUAAAAACAGGCUCAUGCACUCAAUUAUCUGAACUGUGUGUUUAGUAAAAAGAAGAAAACUUAUGUUUUAAGACGAGAAUAAAACGGUGUCAAAGUUCUCCGUUGGUUGUUGACUCAUCUCUGCUGGAGCGUUGUCUCCACCAUCCUCUGUAAGUGAUGACCAUAUCUGGUGUUUUCCCCAAGAACUUUUCAGACUAAAAAUAAACCAAUGACUAAUCAUGUGUGUAGGUUCGUUUCCUUUGAGCAAAUUAUUCCAGUCAGCGUCUCUUUUAUCAGCAUCACUGCAAAAACACAAAAUAUUAUCAAGUAUUUUUAGUCUAGUUUGUAGCGCAAAUAUCUUAAACUAAGACAAAACUAACUUAGGAAUAAAUUUUCACCAGGAUGUAGGAGCUUGUUUUAAGUUACCGUAGUAAUUUCUUAAUAUUGAUUAAAAAGUACUUGUUUCACUUAUUACAUGAGGAAAGUGUCUGGUUAAAGUGAAUUUAUCUGCCAAUGUAACUAUUAAUUUUUCAUCAUUAAUAUUAUUUAGAAAUUAUUUAAUAAGAAAUAAGAAAUAAUUUACUUAAAACAAGCUCUUACAUGUUGCUGAAAAGUUACUUGUAAGUUUGCUUUACUUAUUUCAAAUGAAGAUCUUUUGCAUUAGAAACUAAACCAAAACACACUUUGCAACAUUUCGUAUUUUAGCAGUGACACUCGUUUCCUUUGAGUAAAUUAUUCCAGUCAGCGAUUUUUAUCACCAUCACUGCAAAAACACAAAAUCUUACAACUAUUUUUGUCUAGUUUCUAAUGUAAAUAUCUUAGAAAUAAGACAAAACUAACUUUAAACUGACUUUUUAGUAAGACAUGGGAACUAUUUUAACUCCUUAAUAUUUCUGAAAAAGUACUUGUUGUUUUGGUCAAUAGUUUUAUGUAUAACAUGGGGAAAAUGUAUUGUUAUAAGAGAAUUUAUCCUCCAAUGAAACUAGCACUUUUCAUCAAUAUUAAGAAAUUAUUAACCUAAAAUGAGCUCCUAUAUCUUGCUGAAAAGUUACUUGUAUGUUUACGUGAACUAAGAUAUUUGCUCUAGAAACCGGACCAAACACCACUUGGCAGGAUUUAGUGUUUCUGCAGUGACGUUUGGCUCCAGCAGCAGUCAGGUGUCCUGCGUCAGGAUUAGAUGAUUUCAUUGUUUUUAAGCAUCAGAAGCCCCGCCCUCUCUGCUUCAAUGCUGCUUUGGUAUCUCUCCGCGUCACGAGUUUGUGUAGCAAUCGAAAAGAGGAAGAAAGCCCAGACAGGCUGCUUGAAACCACAACCUCCUGUGACGUCACAUCGUGUCAUGUUAGAUCCUGUAACGACGCGCGGUGAUCAGCUCUUCCUCAGAUGGUCUUCCUCUCUCGGAGUCGUCAUGGAUUAUUCCAAAACGUUCUCGGAGCUCAACGAGCAGCUGAGGCCUCGGCUGGCCUCCAGCGACCUGCUUCACUCCUCCCUGUGCAGACUGGAGGAGAGGAAAGCCACAUCAUACACACCGAACGUCCUCCCGGCAGAACCAGAACCACAGAUGGACCCAGAGGAACCAGAAGAAGAUCUGAUAGGCAGCAGCACCGAGGAGGGGCUUUGCUCCGAUCUGAUGCCUUACAUCAACUCCUGCUUCAACUUUGACCUGAACGCAAAAGACGAGGAUGAGGGCAGCGACAGCCGCAGCAUCACUCAGUCCGAGGAGACGGACAGUCCAAGCGAGCUGGAGUCAGAGGGGGCGAUGGACUCUUUAAAGGCCGGAGCCGGACCCGGACCAGGAGACAGCCCCUUCCAGAGGUUCUACGCCGACAAAACCUUACCGGACCUGAUCAGCACCGGCAGGCCGCUCAGCAGGCGCAGGACGCUGACACACGUCUCCGAAACGCUCAAAGAGGUCCGCAGGGAAGUGGCGCUGUCCCGCAGGAGGAGCAUCAAGCUAAAGGCUCAGGUGGACAAACUGCAGGGAAGCAACGACGGACCGGGCUGGAGCCAGCACCGAGAGAGGGUCACAGACGAGGUUCUGUCGGUUCUAAGGCUGCUGCAGCCGCUGAUGGCGUCAGAGUCCGGCCGACCCGACCCGCCAGGCGGGGAGAACCGCCUGGACUCUGCCCUGGCGGAGCUGAAGAAUGUGGCUCGACAGCUGGCAAUCAGCCACACCAAGCAUGAUUCAAAACCUGGAGCAGAGGAGAGUGCUGUCCUGCAGCAGGCUCUGAGGGACAGAGACGAGGCCAUAGAGAAGAAGAAGGCGAUGGAGGGCGAGGUGCUGCGGAGUAAAACCGAGCUGAUGGCGCUGAACAAUCAGCUGCUGGAGGCGGCACAGAAACGUCUGGAGCUGUCACUGGAGCUGGAGGCCUGGAAGGAGGACUUUCAGCGUCUCCUCCAGCAGCAGGUGCUGAGCCAGCAGCUAGCAGAGCAGCAGGCCCAGAAUAAGUCUUCUCGCAAGGGUCUGCUGCGGAGAAACAAGCAGCCUCCCCUCCAGCGGCCGGUCAACUUCCUGUACACGUCACCUGCACCGCCCACCACCAACUCCAACCAGAUCUUUGUGAACAAAUCUGCCAGUUCUCCUCCUCUAACUCCCAGCAUACCUGCUUCUCCGCCCGCUGCUGCUCCCAGCGGCGGGACGCGCACCUGGCGGGACAAGCUGAGGAAGAGCAGGCCUCGCCUCGGGUAUCAGGACGCAGCCGAGCAGGAGAAGGAGUGGGGGAGGGCAGACGACGGCUUCCAGGCGGUUUCACUCGACUGAAGCCGUCAGGACAUUUAAUAGACUGGAUCUUUCUAAAGACUCGUGAAUUAAAAACAUGCUGCUUAAUGUUCGUUUGACUGGUCACAGUGAUGGGAGUCCUGUUUGACACCGGAAAGCCGGUCUCAUGAAUCUGCUGAGCUUUUAGUGACUCAGGUUUUCCAGUCCAGGAAUAGAGAAAUAUUUAGUAAGUAGUUAUAUUUAUAACUUGAACUUGCUCUAGUUGCAUGUCGGGAUUCUUGAAUUGUUGUGAACAGAAACCAAGUUAACUAUUCUGAGAAAAACAAGCACAUAUUUUUCUCCAGUCCUGUUUAUCAAACAGUAAAGGAAUAUAUUCAGAACGUGCUACAGCCUAUUAGAAAUGCUAACAACUCUGAUACUUUUCUGAGUUUUGGUUGCACAAUUAAUCAGAAUUUAUUUUUUUCCAACUCAAAAUCGCAAAAACAACAAACCAUGUAAACUACAAACUAAAGCAUUCAGGAUGUUUUUUCAGCCUUCAUUAUUUAUUGAUAAUGUAAGCAGAGGCUGUGCUGCACCGUGUUGGUGUGUUAGUAAAAAAGGGUUUUACUAUUAUGACCAUUUUAUGGUUUCUGAAUAAAAGAAACUAUUGUUCUUUUAUUUCAUUGACAUGAAUGUCAACAAAUGAGUAUUUUCCUAUUAAUGAUGUAAUUUUGAUCAAAAUUACAGAAAUAAAUAAAAGUAAUUAAAAAUA